AUGUCGAAAUAACAACAAUAAAAUCAAUUAAGAGAACUCUAAAAACCUUUAUGGACUAAAUUAAACCAACUCCGUUCAUUUUUCAAAUCAAUUCACGUAUGUGUACAAGUUCAAAAAGUAACUCAAAUUCCCGAAACUAAACAAAUAGAAUUAACUCUAGCCGACAAUACUGGUCUUGCUCGUGCUAUUUUAUCUGAAGGUGCAGUUGAUCCUAAUUUAAUUAAAGUAGGUAAUAAAAUAGCUUUAAGGAAUGCUAAAACUAAAUACAUAGAUAAUAAAUUAGUUAUAAUAAUUAACAAAUGGGGCUGUAUUACUGACGAAAACAACAGCGGACUUUUUGAAGGACAAGCUUUGGAAUUAAAUAAUGAACAAUUAAACAUAAGUGAGAAAAAAUAUGACUUCAAAAAUAUUGAAAUUGGUAAGAUUUCUCCUAAUGAACAAGUCUAUAACGUCCUAGUGAAAGUAAUAGAAAGAAAAUCAGUUCCUUUAAUUUAAAACAAUAGAAAAGAAGAAGGAGGAGAAAAUUUGCAUUAAGAUAAAGCAAAUUUACACGUAAAAUUGGCAGAUAAAACAGGCAUAAUAAAUGCUAUUUUUCCAGAUUUACCAAAAUUUAGAGGACUUUUCGAACCAAAUUAAAAUCUUUAACUUGUAAAGGCUUAUGUUUUAUAGACAGAAAUUCGAACUAAAGAUUGGAUAAUUCAAAACCUAAUGGAAGAAUUAUUGUUAUACCUUAAAAUGAAGUUGAAGAUUUACUACCAAAUGGAUUUGAUUAUUAAUCUUAGAAAAAUAUUAGUGACAAAGUUUGGAAUAACAUCUCCAACAACAAAUUAUACUAGAUAAUAAGGCUCUUAUAGAAAUUAAUACGUUACAGUAUAGCCUAGACCCCAUGAAUGGACUGAGUAUUAACCAAUUGAAAAAAAAUAUAUUGAUUACGUUCCCGAAACAAAGGUUGAAUAUCGCCCAGUAGAAAGAUCUUUUUUAGACUAUGUAGAAAUAAAGCAUGUAACAGAUUAUUAACCUGUAAAGAGAGUUUAAAAAAGAGUAGAAUAUGUACCUGUUGAAUAUUAUGAUGAAUAUUUAGACUAUAAUCCUAAAUAAUAUUCCUAUUAUACUAGAUCUCCCAAAAAUGUAGAAAUGAGAGCUUCAUAAAUUAUAUCUUAAGACUUUGUCCAAAAUCCUAAUUAUAUUUCUUAAAGUGGAUAUAAAAGCUAAUACUUUAGAUUUCCCUAUAAAUAUUAUCAUUGA